AUGCUGCCUACGACUCUGCCAACUCUUGUGCCUUCGAUUCCUCAAGAGGAGUUGCAGCUGCCCUCUUUGCAGCAGUUGGACUUGAAACGAAAGCGAAAGACAAAUGUUGGAGGUCUGCCUUCUUUGGGUUCUCUGGGGGGCCGUCGCGCUAACAAAACGAAGGGCAAAGGGCUGAUAAAGAGCGGGGAGUUGGGGGGCAGUAUAUCAAAGUUAGUGCGCAGCGAAAAUGCAAGAGAAAAAGACAAGAGAACAGCAGGAAGAGAGCAGCAGCAGUAUCCGGCUAAAGGAGAGCUUGAGGAGUUGCUGCAGAUUGUAAAGACUAUCGAAGAAGAAUGUCUUCUAGACCCUGAAAAAGACAAAGAAGAAGACAAAGAACAAGACGCCUUCUUCAAGUGUAUGGACACCAUCACUCAGGUCUUAGACGAAACAAGAGAGCUUAUUGAACAAAGAAGACGUAUUUUAGAAACCUCAGGAAUGACAUAUGAAGCCAUCAACAAGCGCAGCGCAAUAGAAGAAAAUAUAAAGUAUAUGAAAGAUAAAUUUAAUCAGCUGGGUAUCAUAUUUGUAGAGCAGCACAAACAGCAGAAAAAGCUGCAACUGAGCGACGAAGAGAUGGAGAGGAGACACAAGCAGCUGAACUCUUUGCUGCGGGAGAUAGAAGCGGUGCAUCGGCUAAGCAAAGGCGCCCCACAGUCGUUUGACUCGAUGGAGGGCCGUCCGACUGCAGCAGUAUCUCUAACAGAGCUGAUGAAAAGCAGCAGCAGCAGCAGCAGCAGCGGCAGACCAUCAACAGGAGCAGCAGCAGCAGCAACAGCAGCAGCAGCAGCAGCAGCAGAAGAGCUGUCUGCUGAAGAUGAAAGAGUACUUCAACGAUGGGCCGAGCGAGACAAAAUUUUCGACGCUAAAGUCGUAGAAAUCGGAAAAUCAAUCGACAAAAUCGCUGAAGUUGCUGUUACGAUUGGAGAGCAUGCGGAGCAGCAGCGGGAGCGCGUUGAGAAGUUAGGAGAGAAGACGCAGCAGGCAGCAGCAGAGCUGCAGGCGUUAGACAACAAAUUGAAGCUGUUUAUGAAGCAGCAAAACCCUACACACUUCUGCUGCAAGCUGCUGCUGCUGCUAAUUGUGCUGCUGCUCUGCUGCUUCGUCUUCUCUACUAUCUACGCCCGCUACUUGAAGAAGGCCUAA